AUGGACGAACAGGCUCAGCCAAGAGCUCUAUCACAAUGCUCGACAAUCCUGCCGGCUGAUCUACGCGAAGACGUCGUCGUCUCUUGUGCAGACAGCGAGGGUCAGAAUGGGACCAGAUGCACAAGGAUUUCUGACACAGUGACCCUAUUCAGCCUGAAGAACAGCAGCCAGCAGUGCUGCGACUCAAAAAGCAGUGCUGGGCACUCUCCGAGCAGACACCCUAAACAAAUUGAUCUCCAACAUGAUCAGAGCACGAGCACGUCGGAGGAAACAAAGGUCAUUUUGACCAACAGCAAAAAGCGAGCAAUCCUCUAUUUCCUCGCCAUACAUUUCCUGCCUGUCGCCGCAACUCUGACGUUGUUCUGGCUAUAUCUCAAAAACCUCCAAUGGAAAGCAAGUGAUAUACAACUGAAGAGCCUGCUAUUCGCCGUCAAGCUCCAUGAGACGUUAAUACUGGUAUCGUUGGGGGACAUCCUAUUUCAUCGAAUCCGUUACCACCUGUUGACCAGCCGAGGGGUUUCAUUCGGCCUGCUGGUCUCACCCUUCCGCAUCUCGGACCCUUCUUUCCUGUUCCAGAGCCCUUUCUUGGCCUCGGCAAGCUUUACUUUCAAGAGUGCCCCGGAGCUCUUGACAAUAUCACUGGUUUUGCUGGUGUCGGGAUUGGGAUUGCUGGCUGCUCCUAGCUCAGGAGUCCUCAUGACGCCACAGUACAACUGGUGGCGUAUUCCAGAUGAGGGAAAGGCAAUGGCAACAUUCACGAAAAAGGAGUUGGAAGAUGCUAAAUACAUUGGUGCAUCAUUUGAGCAUUUGUUUCCUUUGCUCAUUGAUGACCGUUUUGUUCCGGAUCAGACCAAAGAUGAUCGUCUUAGUUCCUCCGCUUUUUCUGACCGGUUUGAACACAUUUUGUCCGGACUGGACCAGGUUCUCGUCGACGAUAGCUCGGGAGCGGCUGCGAAUGUCACAGUUGUGGAUCGUGCGACAGUCGACUCGUUUGCACUGACCUACCAAGAGCAGAGUCUGGACGACUGCGAGCUCAUGACUUGCCAGAACAUAUCCUCGAGGCUAAACAAAACGAUGGACAUGAUCAAUGAAAAAAAGCGAUGA